GGAAGAUAUAUUGAAACCACAGUAUGUAAUUGAUUAUAAUUUGGCGAAAAAGGGUGUCGACUUCAAUGACCAAAUGUCCUCUUAUCAUACUGCUGUACGUAAAACACUAAAAUGGUAUCGCAAAGUUAUGUUUGAAUUACUACUGGGCACGACUGUGGUGAAUUCGUGGAUUGUUCAUAACAUGGUUUCUGACACAAAGCUGAGCAUUAUGGAAUUUAGAACCCAACUAGCUAAAUAUCUAGUAAUAGAGCAAGCGUAAGUCCCAAAGCAGCCAGUUCCAUCGAGAAAGAGGCAAC